GGCUCGAUCUCGGUAUCGCUCCAGGAUAUCUCAUGGGCUGAGCGGUGCCGAUUAGACGCCCCCGGUCUCUCUUCUUGGUUCGCGUGGAAAGGGUUCCUCCGGCAACGGGUGAAUAUGGAGUAUAGAACACUGAGAUCGCGACUGGCAGUGUAAGAGGUACGGUUAGCGUCCCCAUGUAACCGACGGAGUGCGGAAAGCUGACGUCGUUAAGCAGGAGUUGCAACUACCUCGCCUGCUUAGGUGGAUGUGCUUUGUUCUGUUGCUUACCCAAUCGUGUUCGCGUUUCCUUGUGAGUGUCAGGUGCCACCGAAUGUGGGGAGGAUGGUUGCAAGGUUCAUGUUCGAGGAUUCUGAGCGAUACGCAAAACAAGACUAACGAAACCUCCAUAAACAGAGGGGCCCAGUCAAGGUGGAUGUCUGCGUAUAAAGCCUUUUGGACGUUGAAGGAGGGGCUAUACAAGGUCGAGGCCAGAAUCGGUGGAGAGGACGAGGGGUUGGAUUUUUGUAGUUGACGAGCCGAUGAGGUAUAGACGUGGAUGUUUCGUUUUAUUUCGUUGUGAAUCCUAUCCCACCUUCGAUUCGGGAGCAGCUUACGACUAGCCUUCGAGGGCAAGGGUGGCUACGAAUGGCACUACCAGCGGUU